UGGGAAAUGGGCCAGAAGAAAGCCUCCCGCCCUUUUCCCCUUCUCGAACGCCCCCUGUGCCACUGCCAAUUCCUUGCCAUCCUAGCAUUACUCGCACCGGCGCGUGCGUUUCUACUCCGUCCCUGCUCGCAAUGGUACCUGCCGACUUCCCACCCAUCGUCAAUUCGUUCUUCGCUUCGAUCCUCUGCGCCUCCCACUCCACCUUCAGACAAUGACGGCCCCGCACCCUCCCUCGAAAAUGGACCCGCUUCUUCUCCUUCCCCUGUUCCUUCCUCUCCUCCUACCCCUCCUCCUCCCCCUCCCACGGCCAAGGAAUAUUUCUUCGGAACGGCCGGGGAGUUCGACGAGGAUUUGGCCUACCUCGGCAUUUCUCGGCAACGCCUCUUGUUGAACGCGGGCGUGGCCACCACGCUCGCCCUGGGUGCCAAUUUCGUCGGGGUGACAAGCGCGUUGUUAAACACCUUCUCCACCCCGGAGACGAUGUCGGAUUGGAAACUGGACGUGCUCUACCCCGUGCGCGGGUUUAAACGCUUUGUCGAUACCGAGGACGGUUAUGAGUUCAGGUACCCACAAUCGUGGCUGUCCGACCAAGCGAUCCUCCUGGCAGACACCCAAGCUCGCACUGCCACCUUGUCUUCGCCUUCCUCUCCCUCCGACCGCCCUCCGAGGGCCCCGCCCUCCUCGACCAGAGCGGUCCGACCGGAUGCGGCGUUUGGUCCCCCCGGAGGAAACCGGGAGGAGAAUCUCUCGGUGAUUAAAUCGGUCGUGAUGCCGGGCUUUUCCUUGGCCGAGACGCUGGGACCCCCGACAGCAGCGGCAGAGUUGCUCCUUUCUACAGCCAUCGCCCCCCCUGGUUCCGGAAAGGUCGCCAAUUUGGUGAUGGCGCAGGAAGAAACGCGAGAUGGAGGGGGGAAGACGUUGGAAAGGAAGGUGUAUGUCUUCGAGUACCUGGUUGGAAGGGAGGGAGGAAGGGAUGGCGACCGGUCGCAUAGUUUGAGUGUGAUUGCCCCACGGGAGAAGGAAAGCGCGUUGUUCACCUUGACCGUGUUAGCACCCGAGAGACGGUGGGAGGAUCGAGAAAAAGAGCUAAGGGAAGUGGCGUCCAGUUUUCGAUUGACGCGAUGAGAAGCUUUUUUGAACAAAUUGUCAAAUGCGCG